UCCACCCCCGUCCCAGGUCCCGCCCUUAAGACUAGGGAACCUCGCCAUGCUUCUCCACCACUCCUCCUGGCGGUCUGAGUGACGGGGCGCCGCGCCGCACCGAGUAGACAGAAGUGCGCGAGGACCGGACUUGUGGAAAAGACGGUUUCCUUGGACCCUGGCCGUAGACGAAGAUGUCCAGAAAGGAACCGCUGCUAGGCGCCUUGAAGGCAUGCAUCCUAAACAUCCAGGCAGACAAAGAUCCCAUCACCGAUGGUCAUCCUCAGCUCACAUCCUUAUGUGAUAUUCUUGAAAUUAUCCUGCGGAAAGGAAUCCGACAGCCAGUCCUGGGGCUGUGGAGAAGAGACUACUGGCACUGGAUGGAGCAACUUCCACAACAGGAUACCUGUUCCAGAUUACCUCAGCUCUCCAUGGCCUUGGAGAAAACUCUUGCUUGCAAAAGGACACUGACGGCACAAGGCCGGGGCCGAUAUUAUAUCCGCCAGGCAAUGAAUCGGAAGAUCAUGGCUGUUACAAUACACCAUCUACUCCACACUCCAAGACUCCUAGAGUGGUAUGAUCGUGAGAGCUCCGUCCUGACCAAUGAGUGUUUUGCAGAGCCUUUCCUCUCACUGCUACUGGUCUUGUCACAGAUGAAAUUCACCCUUGACCUUGAGAACAGCAGUUUUCUGGAUGAGAGCUGGCUCCUUCCAGUGUGCGAGAUGUAUAACACGGUCCCUUGUCGAGAGCUGGGAAUGGUACUCUGGUACACUGGUGGCCGUAUUUUUGUAACGGAGGUUAUUGCGGGAAGUCAAGCUGAAGCAGAUGAAUGUGUCCAGGCAGGAGACAUUAUCGACGAAAUUAAUGGCGUUGCUUUGAGAAAUGCCAAAGGGGGAGAAGCUCAAACAGUUUUACAGAAACUUCGAGGAAAGCCGUUAAGUUUCCGCAUGAUUCACUGGAAAUGGCACGAUGGGUCGGUUUACAGACCCAUGCUGCCUCAUCUCCAGCUGAUGCAGAAAGAGUUCCCUGACUUUCAGCUUCGAUAUGAUACCAAAUCAAACAAAGAGAUGUCAGAAGACAGGCUGCAAGAUGACAGGUUGCUGUAUUCGCUGCGGUACUUGGGCCAGGUGAACAUUGGAAUGUAUGGCGGAAAGGAAGUACUGGAUGAAGGCAUUGAGAAGGUCCUGCAGCAAAAUCUAGUACCACAGGAGGUGUUGCUCGAUGUGAAGGAAACAGAAGUGAUUAGUAUGGAAAACUCCACACAGGUGCUCUUUCAUCAUCAUUACCCUGAAAUUGCUUCGGUGGGACAACGGCUCGACAGGCGGGCCCUCUUUGCUUACUGUGUGGCGGUCUCUCCAGAAACACCUCGGACAACAUCUUUUGACUGUUUGGUGUUUGAGUCCAGCUCGGUUAAAGAUGCAACUGAAAUUGUCUCGAGAAUAGCUGCAGGAUUCCGAAACACUGAGUGGUUUGUGUGACCGACUCCAGGGAUGACUAGUGUCAGGUGGGUACGUGGCCUUGUGACAGUUUUGUUACCUGAUCUGCAUGUUAUUGAAGCAACUGGCCAGGUACUGUUGGAAAGGUGAAGACUUCUCCAAUUCACUUCUGGAUGUCGACCAUCUGUUGCAUUACAUCAGAGGAUCCACGCUCCAAUAUCAAGUCUAAAUGCUGUCAGAUAACAGUACAACUGAGGAGUGAGACGUUAAUAUAUGCACCUGACGGGAUUCCCCCUUUACAAGGGAAUUUUUCAUAUUUCCAUGGAGAAAGACGGUGAUCAUCUACAAUUUGGUGGAAUUGGUUCUCGUCCAUUGGAGCACAUGUUACAGUUGAACAGCUUUUCUGGGCCAAGACACUGCCCUCUUUCUCUACCUCAGAAUUGUGGCCAGCUGUUUUUGCACUGCCUAUUGCACUUAUUGUGAGGAUUAUUUGGGUUUUAUUUUUACUAAUACUUGAUUUUCUUAGCCUCCUUAUGGCUCCCCUACAAGAAAAGCAACAUGUCCGAGAUGCGCAGUGACAUAGCCACACCAGUCAGCACUACCAGCCACUAUUGCAACCUAGUGUGAGCUGUUGAAAGUGGGUCCUGCUGAAGUUUCACGGCACAUAUUACCCCUCCCCCAAAGUGACACUUCUGCACCUUUUGUCAUUGCAGAAAGUGACAAUAACAAAGGGUUCCUCUGCACUCGACUGGUAUAGAGCAUGAAAGCAAGUAAUGGAGUUUCAGUUCAAUCUCAUAUGGAGUAACUCUAAGGAUAUAUUGGCAGGAUUGCAACAAGAUUCAUCGAACUACAAGGACAAUUGCUUGCAUCAGAUUUAAUGUGGAAAUGGGCUAUCACGGCAAGCUUCCAUAUUUAGAAUGGUGGAGAAAGUUUCUCAGAAUAACCCUUUUUGUUUCUUCAAACCAUAUGCAAAUACUGUGUCUGUUAAAGGCCCUGAACAAAUUUCUGAUCCUGUUCGCUGUGGAUUAUUUCAAAUCUAAUUAUCAGUGAACUUUCACUGGCAUCUUUGGUUGAUAGUGUUUAGUUAAUGAAAAGUCAAGAGACCUUGGGUAUGCAGGUGGGAGUUAUGUGUCUAUAUGCUAACAUCCAAUUUUAGGCUUGGGUCUAAAUGAUGAAUAAUGUGGUUAAUAAAAACUUUAUUUACA